AUGUCAGAUGGAGCUACAAAGAUAGACACCCUGCAAAAUAACGAAGCAGGAAGUGGUCUCAUAAACUAUUAUCGCUAUCGUAUCGCGGACUGCGAGGCCCUGCUCAAUGAGAAGGAACAAACACGCCGUAGACUGGUAGCUCAAAGAAAUGAGCUGAAUGCGAAAGUUAGGGCACUUAAAGAUGAAUUGCAUGGACUGUUGGAAUCGGGAAGCUUCGUAGGAGAAGUGGUGAAACAAAUGUGUCAUGAUAAAGUGCUAGUCAAGAUCAGCCUUGAGGGAAAGUAUGUUGUCGAUGUUAGUAAGGAUAUCGACAUCUCCAAAUGCACACCAAGCACAAGAGUAGCGCUAAUGAGUGAUUCUUACAAACUGCACAAAAUACUACCCACAAAAGUUGAUCCGUUGGUUGCACUUAUGAAGGUUGAAAAGGUGCCUGAUUCCACCUACGAAAUGGUAGGAGGAUUAGAGCAACAGGUUAAAGAGGUCAAAGAAGUUAUUGAACUGCCAAUUAAACACCCAGAAAUAUUUGAAUCACUCGGUAUUUCGCAGCCCAAAGGGGUAUUGCUUUAUGGACCUCCAGGAACUGGGAAAACACUUCUGGCCAGGGCUGUGGCUCAUCACACUGAUUGUACAUUUAUCAGGGUAAGUGGCUCGGAGCUGGUGCAGAAGUACAUCGGUGAGGGAAGCAGGAUGGUAAGAGAGCUUUUUGUAAUGGCAAGACAGCAUGCACCAUCCAUCAUUUUCAUGGAUGAAAUCGAUUCAAUCGGAUCACAAAGGACUGACAGCGGUCAGGGAGACUCCGAAGUGCAACGAACUAUGCUUGAGUUGCUUAAUCAGCUUGAUGGUUUUGAGCCUUACCAAAAUAUCAAGGUUAUCAUGUGUACCAAUCGCAUAGAUAUAUUGGAUGAGGCCCUUCUCAGACCUGGUAGGAUAGAUCGUAAAAUAGAGUUUCCGAAUCCAAAUGCUGAAGCACGGGCGCAAAUUCUUGCUAUCCAUAGCCGAAGAAUGAAUCUGGUCAGAGGAAUAGAUCUAGAGAUGAUCGCCCGCGAGAUGACAAACGUCAGUGGAGCGGAAGUUAAAGCUGUAUGUACUGAAGCAGGCAUGUUUGCACUUAGGGAACGCAGGGUUCAUGUAACACAAGAAGAUUUUCUCAUGGCUGUUGCCAAAGUAAUGAAGAAGGAUGGCGACAAAAAUGUCAGUUUCACGAAAUUGUGGAAAUGA